GACCAGUACCCCGGCCCGCCCAGGCCCGCCCCUAAGCUCCAAGCCCGUCACGAGUCUGAAUCCGAUCCCCAAAACUCAUUGCAGCAAAAAUAUAUAGCUAAACCAAGACAAGACUAUAAAUAUGUCAUCUCAAAUUACAACAAUAGAUCUUAAAGUUCCGUCGGUUCUUCACAUGAAUGGAGGAAAGGGGAAAAACAGCUACUACAGAAACUCAUUGGUUCAGAAGGAAGUGAUAUCGAAAACGAAGCAUAUAUUAGAAGAGUGUAUUGCAGAAAUGUGUAGUUCAAACAUGCCAGAAUGUGUGAAAAUAGUGGAAAUGGGAUGCUCCUCAGGACCUACUGCAUUGGUGCCGUUAUGGGAAAUAAUUGAAACAAUAGAGUCUACUUUUAAGAAGAUGAAUAAGGGCGAUCUACCCAUUUUGCAAGUUUUCAUGAAUGAUCUCCAGGAGAAUGAUUUCAACACAAUUUUCAGUUCAUUGGUGCCUGAAUUUUAUGAGAAACUGAAGAGACAAAAGGGUGAAAAGUUUGGGCAGUGUUUCAUAGGGGCAGUGCCUGGUAGUUUCUAUGGAAGGCUAUUUCCACCUAAUUCCUUGCACUUUGUUCAUUCUUCUUCCAGCCUCCAUUGGUGUUCUCAGGUACCUGAAGGGGUUGUAAGUGAAACAGGAAUUCCUUUGAAUAAAGGUAACAUUUGCAUAGCCAAAACAAGCCCACGAAGCGUGCAUGAAGCAUACUCCAAUCAAUUUGUAAAAGAUUUCACUGCAUUUUUAGUGUCACGUUCGGAAGAAAUGGCACCUGGAGGACGUUUGGCUUUGACAUUUAUGGGUAGAAAUGAUACUGAUCCUUCCUGCAAAUAUGGUUGUGAAAUUUGGCAACUGCUUGGUAUUGCCUUGAUGGAGAUGGUUCAAGAGGGGCUUAUUGAAGAAACAAAGUUAGACAUGUUCAACAUUCCAGUGUAUGCUCCUUCUGCAAAAGAAGUUGAGCGUCUGAUAGAAAAAGAAAAUUUAUUUUCCAUUAAACGAUUUGAAGAAGUGAAAAUAAAUUGGGAUGCCAAUAUUGAAGAUGGUAACAACGACAUGGCGUUUGAUAAAUGGGAGAGAGGUGACUAUGUGGCAACAUACUUGAGAGCUGCUGCAGAAUCAAUGGUGGUAACUCAUUUUGGAGAUGCCAUUCUUGAUGAUUUAUUUCAUAGGUUUUCCUUGAAAGCGGCCGAUUACUUGGAAAAUAAGAUUGGUUAUUUCACCAUUUUGGCGAUUUCCAUCCUUAAAAACUGAAAAGUCGGGUUAAAUCUUUUUAUGAUUACUAUAAUAAUAAAGUUAUUCUAAAACGGUUAAUAUUUUGAUAAUUCAGUUAUCGUUUUUGUAAAAAUGGAAGUUUAUUCGAUCACUUUAAAUCAGUUUUUUAUAUUUAUUA